AUGCUCCAACUGCCCCUGCUUCCCCUUCUGCACUGCCUCGGCUGCAGCGCCUGGCUGUUGCUGCUGGCGGGGCCCAUAGCCUCGUCGGCCAGCCCAGCCGACGACAGCGCCAGGAGAGGGGACUCCUCAUCCUCGGGGAGCGACGAGGUGCAGCGCCAGCCGCACGAUUCGUCGUACGGCACCUUCGCCAGCGAGUUCUAUGACCUUCGCUACCUGUCCGAGGAGGGUUAUCCCUUCCCUACUGCUCCUCCUGUGGACCCAUUUGCCAAAAUCAAAGUGGAUGACUGUGGAAAGACUAAGGGGUGCUUUAGGUAUGGGAAACCAGGAUGUACUGCAGAAACCUGUGAUUAUUUCCUUAGUUACCGCAUGAUAGGAGCUGAUGUAGAAUUUGAACUAAGUGCUGACACUGAUGGUUGGGUAGCAGUUGGAUUUUCCUCAGACAAGAAAAUGGGUGGUGAUGAUGUCAUGGCCUGUGUUCACGAUGAUAAUGGCAGGGUCCGAAUACAACACUUUUACAAUGUUGGCCAGUGGGCGAAAGAGAUCCAGAGAAACCCUGCCAGAGAUGAGGAAGGUAUCUUCGAAAAUAAUCGUGUGACCUGCAGAUUUAAACGUCCUGUGAAUGUUCCCAGAGAUGAAACAAUUGUGGAUCUUCAUUUGAGCUGGUAUUACUUAUUUGCUUGGGGACCAGCAAUCCAAGGAUCUAUAACUCGGCAUGACAUAGAUUCACCACCUACAUCAGAGCGCGUUGUCAGUAUUUACAAGUAUGAAGACAUUUUUAUGCCAUCAGCUGCCUAUCAAACCUUCUCUUCUCCAUUCUGCUUGCUUCUUAUUGUUGCACUGACCUUUUAUUUAUUGAUGGGAACCCCAUAA